AUGGGGGAUCGCUUCCACAGGGCCGCCAAGGAUGGCUCCUCGCCGCAGGGGAAGGCCUUGCUCAAAGAAGCUACCAGUCGUGAUCUCAACAGACGAGAUAAAGAAGGAAUGACUCCAACUCUAAUCGCCGCUCAAGAAGGUCACUCAGAAGCCACUGAUCGUGGACACUUCCGCAUUGUCGACUAUAUCUGCAAAUACUACGAAGAAGAUUUGGUCAAGAUCCUUUUUAUGAUGGAUUUGGCCGGUAAUACGGCCAAAAUGCUGGCAACUACUCAAGGGCACAAGAAACUUAUCGCUUUACUGGACAGAUGUGAGGCAGAACUGAACAAGCGAAAUCCGAAAAAAGUCAAGAAAUACAAAGAAAAAGCAAAGAAAGAAAUGGAAGUCUGCAAAAAGAAAUAUUCAAAAAUCAUGGUGCGUCCUACUUUUCUUCAUUCCAGAUCUAGGGCUAAGAUAAAUAUGCCCGCAUUAGAUAUAAUUCUCGUUCGAGUACUUGAUGUCACAACAAAAACAGCCGAUGGGGGAAACAACAAGUUCCUUGGAAAUUUCACGAUGGGUAAGCGAAUCGGAACAGUUCGCCGAAAAGAAAUGCUCGAUAUGGUCGACUUUUCCGCGAUGGACGAAGUCGACGGAACGAUGACAGUUUCUUCCAAUAAAAACGUUCUCUUCGGACAAGGCACCGUCAAGAGCACGACCAAGAACGGAGCAUCCAAAGCGCGCCCAGAUGUUCGAGACAUUUUCGGCCAAAAUGGAGAUCUAGACGAUGAUCUAGCGGAAAAUGGUGAGCUGGGCUCGGUCUCGGCCGUGGGCAUGAUCAGCACCAACCGCUUCUUCUUCAAUAACAACGCUCUUGCCGAGCAGUUUGAUCAUUUAGGAGCGGCCGCAACUACAGGAGGAGCUACUUUUAUCGCGGUAAUGAUGUCGAGCGAUGCUGAUUUACGCGCGCUGGGAGUGCCUCUCGGCCCUAGAAUUAAAAUCCUGAAGACGAUGGAUUCCCGCCGGGCUGCAAUGGCCUCCAUCCAAGCUGCUUCUUCCGACGAGCCAGAAACUCACGCGUUUUAG